AUGGAGUGGCCUGUGACCUGUCUUUCUCUUAAAAUAAAAGAUGACUCCCGCCAACACUUUUCAUUUCCUUCUCCAGCCUCUCUUUUUUUGAACACCAGACUCUCCUCUCUUCUUUCCGCGUUUCCAACUUUUAAAGAUCGGAGAACCAUGAGCGCCGUCAACAUCACCAACGUCACCGUCCUCGAUAACCCUGCUUCCUUUCUCGCUCCUUUUCAGUUCGAGAUUUCCUACGAGUGCUUAGCCGCUCUCAAAGAUGAUUUGGAAUGGAAGCUCAUUUACGUUGGAUCUGCUGAGGAUGAGACUUAUGACCAGUUAUUAGAGAGUGUUCUGGUUGGUCCUGUCAAUGUUGGAAACUAUCGAUUUGUUUUACAGGCGGAUCCACCGGACCCGACGAAGAUUCGUGAAGAAGAUAUAAUUGGGGUUACUGUGCUGCUACUGACUUGCUCUUAUUUGGGUCAAGAGUUUAUUCGGGUUGGUUAUUAUGUUAACAAUGACUAUGAUGAUGAGCAGCUGAGGGAGGAACCUCCAACCAAGGUUCUGACUGAUAGGGUUCAGAGGAACAUUUUAUCUGAUAAACCUAGGGUUACGAAGUUCCCGAUCAAUUUCCACCCUGAGAACACUGAAAUUGAAGAGCAACCCGUUCCGUCAGACCAACAGCCUGAAACUGUUGAAGAUCCACAGGCUAUAGGUGAAUGCGAUCCCCUAAAUGAGGGGGACAAAAAAGAGGAUUCUUAG